CAGGUCAGGUGACGAGCAUGCUCUGAAGAUGACGGCAAUGGUCACCGUGCUGUUCCUUGUGGCCUUGGCCUCAUGCUGCGCUGCAUUCGACGUGGAGACUCGCACAGCUCUGGGUGUAGUUGGCGGAAGCCGUGUAGACGUGCUAGGCCGUACACUGGAAGUGUAUCGCGGAAUUCCGUACGCGCAGCCACCGCUGGGUGCGCUGCGCUUUCGUCCACCCGAGCCUCUACAAGGAUGGGAAGGCGUGCUAAACGCCACGAAUAGGAUGACUGCCUGCCCACAAGUGAUUCUUGCUCCCAUCAUGACUGCUGGCGUGCAAUUGACCGAGGACUGCCUAUAUCUAAAGAUCUGGGCCCCUGCGACAGGCAAUCAGCCGCCCGUUCCAGUGCUCGUCUCAAUUCACGGCGGCGGCUUUUCGCAUGGCUCUGCCAGCACUCCCAUUUUCGAUGGCAGCAUCUUGGCAGCCAAGACAGGUUUGGUUGUCGUCUCCUUCAACUACAGGCUCGACAUUCUGGGAUUCCUCGACACGAACUCGUCAGAGGCACCCGGCAACGUCGGCCUCAUGGACCAGUCCUUGGCGCUAAAGUGGAUCCAGGCGCACAUCCACCACUUCGGGGGCGACCCCCUGAGAGUGACCAUCUUCGGCGUCAGCGCGGGAGGCAUGAGCGCCCAUGCUCACGUGAUCUCGCCGAUGAGCAGAGCACUCUUCAAAAGGGCGUCUCUGAUGAGCGGAACGCUCAACAGUCUAGAUUUUGUCGAGCAUGUGAGCGAGAGCCUAAGGAAAGGCCACCUUGUCGCACGAGCUGUCGGCUGCGCCGAUGGUGACACGACUUUGUCUUCUAACCCAGAAUCAGUGGUCGCGUGUCUCCGAACCAAAAGCGCUGACGAGCUCCUGCAAGCGUCAUCCCAAAGCAUAAAGCCAAAGAUAUUCACCUUUCUGCCAACGUACCCCAACCGAUUCCUUCCCAAAGAUCCAGCGGCAGCGGUAAAAGACGGUUCGUUCAACCCGGCCGAUAUAAUAGUCGGUGUGACCAAGGACGAAGGCGUGGGGGCGCUGAUGUACCCCCCGAGAGAAGAACUGUGGAUGGAAAGCAUCGAAGGACUCGAUGAAGAGUUGUUCAACAAUUCUCUCCACGAGGUCAUAUUCUCCUGGUUGAAGGCAAACUCAUCAAGCUACCUUGGACGAUAUACUGCAGAGGGACGAGACUGGCCUUCCUUGAGGCGCGCUUACGUUGACUUCCUCUCGGACAGGACGUUUGUGUGCCCUAUGCACUACACAGCUGAGGGUCACUCCGAGCGUGGCCACUCCGUGUACUCCUACGUCUUCUCCUACCAGUCGGCAAAAAGCCCCUUGCCAGCGUGGAUGGGUGCGCCACACGGAGGGGACGUGACCUAUAUAUACGGAUUUCCUCUCGUUCAUCCGGAAAAAUACGACGCCCGGGACGCCGUCAUGUCCGAGACUUUGAUCAACGUGCUGUCGACGUUUGCAUCCACAGGGGUGCCCCAGCUACCGAUGGAGAAGCAAUGGCCAAAGUACACGAAGAAUGAACCUUUUUCCGUGUUCUUUGACAACGGGAACAUAACAGACGUCACUGGUUUCCGAAGGCAGUUCUGCAAUGCGUGGAGGACGGACCCCCAAAAUUACUAAUAUAUUCAACAUUUA